CACCACGUCCUCCCAGCACCCAGCCGCCGCGCUGGACUUCCUCCAGAUGAAGCACCUGAAGAGGAAGCGGAAGAGUAACUACAGCGUGAAGGAGACGCAGACGCUGAUCCGGGAGAUCCACAAGCGGCGCGACGUGCUCUUCUCCCGGCAGCAGAAUACUGCCAUCAAUGAGCUGAAGCGGCGCGCCUGGGAUGAGGUGGCCGACUGUGUGAACUCGCUGGGCGAGGGCGAGCUGCGCACGGCGGCUGAGGUCAAGCGGCGCUACCUGGACUGGCGCGCGAUGAUGAAGAGGAAGCAGAUCCGGGCGGAGCUAUCAGGCCUGAAGAGUGAGUACGACCACUCGUCACCGGAUAAUGACAACUCGCUGAGCGGGGACCAGUCUGUGGACCUGAGUGGCUUCCCCAAGGAUUCUGCCUGCGACUGGCAUGACCUGCCGGACCUAGGAGAACCCAGCAGUCACCCGUUGUCCAGCAUCAAGCUGGAGGAUGAGGAGGGCAGCACCUACAGGCUGGAUGGCGAGGCUGGGGAGGCGGAUGGCGAAGGGGAGGAUGAGGACGAUGACUGCUUCCCCUCUGUCCUGCCCGAUGUGGAGCGCGAGAGCCGCAUCCCAGAGGUGUUCGCCCACAUCGAUGAGUUUGGCAUGCUGAGUGCCACCAAGCCAUCCGUUGCCAGAGACCUGGGGGCGGGCUCGGGAAUGGGUCUCGGGGCGGGUGUGACCGGAGUGGGCGUGUCGAGUGUGGCUGGUGCCGACGGCACAGGCGUGCUGAUUGCCCUGGAGAGGCAGCGGCUGGAUCUGGAGAAGCAUCGGCUGCAGGUGGAAACGGAGCGCCUGCAGGUGGAGCGGGAGCGCCUCCUGGUGGAGAAGGACAAGCUACGUCAGGUGGAGGUGGAGCGGGAGAGGCUGCAGCUGGAGAAGGAGAGGCUUCAGGUGGAGCGGGAGCGACUUCGGCUGCUUAUGUUUCAGGCAGAACGGACACCGGCCCCGCCUCCACCGCCACAGGCCACGCCCAUGGAUUGCGAGAAAGAUCGCAAGCCCUGGCAGCCCGUGGACCUGGAGGCGGAAAAGCUGAAGCUGGAGAAGGAGCGUCUGCAGCUGGAGAAGGAGCGGCUCCAGUUCUUCAAGUUCGAGUCGGGCCGCUUGCAGAUGGAGAAGGAGCGCUUCCAGGUGGAGAAGGACAGGCUGCAGCUGCAGAAGGAUGGUCAGCAGUUGGCCCUUCAUCAGGGCCACUAGGGGGUGCUGUUGGAACAGUCUGGAGAGGGGCACAGAGUGCCAAGCCCACCUCUUUGGGGGGUGGGGUGUCCAGUGGCAGUGAGGCUUGGUGGAGCAGGAGGGUGGGACAGAGCAGGUACAGAUGGAUGUGCUUCGUUAUUUUGAUGUGACAAGCCUGGUCCUAGAGAGUUCUCUGCUCCAUGUUUCUGCCCUGGAAAGGAAAAGCAUGUUCAUUUCAGGUUACUGGUUACUUUUCCUUUCCAAACGGUUUGUUGUGGGGGUGUAAGGGGGGCAUCACUCGGUCAUCCUUAGAGUACACACAUUCCUCUGAUGUGCUGACUGUUGAUGUGUGAGAAUCCUGCGGUAGUGAAACCUUUUUCCCCCGUCUAGAAGUUAAAAAGCAGAAGUAAAGAAAUAAAAUGCGCAUUGUAUACAUGUAUUAUGUAUGUAGUAUGUAUAAUAUAUAUGCACCUACAUAUGUCAUACAUUAAAAAUGUUGCAGCCGUCACCCGAGUACGAGUUAAAGUUUAGCUGUCAGUGUGUUGUUACCCUCCGUGACCUAAAUGAAUGACAGGUGCUGUGUGUCUUAGUCUAAGUGCCGCAUGUACGCGGAAAAUCAAAGCUGGUGUGGAAAUACUGUCAUUUAAGGCUGUGUACUGUGUGCGUGUUUUAAAGAAGAAUCGCCGGGUAUUUCUUUACAGUUUGUGAAAGUUGUAAAGUAAUUUUCUUAAAUGUUGAUAGGCGUUACCACUGCCUUAAUUACAUUUCCUAAGUAAAGAGUUUAACGUGGACUCUGAUUGCUGUGUAUUUUAUGGUAGAGAAUAAAAUGUUAUGGAGUGAUGUAUUUGA